UCUAAGCUUUUGAUUGCCAUUGCCAACGCAUCGGCUUUUUCCAUUUAUACUCUGAUUUCAAUAGCAACUCUAUUCUAGAUCAACAGUCAUUGUUAAUAAAUCAUUUUUUAAUUUAAUCUUAAAUUGGGUAAUGAAUUAAAAAAAAAAUUCAAAAAAUGUCUCAAGAAUCGUCUAGUGAAGAAAAAUUUCAACUAAUUUCCAGAAAUGUUCAGGAAAUACUCGGUGAAGAUCGAAUGAAAGAAAUACUUAAACAAAGAGAUUUAAAAAUCUAUUGGGGAACGGCUACUACUGGAAAGCCACAUAUUGCUUAUUUUGUUCCAUUGUGUAAAAUGUCUGAUUUCUUAAAAGCCGGAUGUCAAGUUACCAUUCUUUUCGCUGAUCUUCAUGCCUAUUUGGAUAACAUGAAAGCACCAUGGGAACUACUCAAACAUAGAACUGAAUAUUAUGAAUGUUUAAUCAAAACUGUUCUGGAAUCAAUCAAUGUCCCAUUGGACAAAUUAAAAUUUGUUCGUGGUACCGAAUAUCAAUUAAGUAAAGAAUUUACAUUAGAUGUAUAUCGUUUAUCAUCGAUUUUGACUGAACACGAUGCUAAAAAAGCUGGUGCUGAAGUAGUCAAACAAGUUCAACAUCCAAUGAUCAGUUCGCUUCUUUAUCCUGGACUUCAGGCAUUAGAUGAAGAAUAUCUUAAAGUUGAUGCACAAUUCGGAGGUAUAGACCAAAGAAAAAUAUUUACAUUUGCUGAAAAGUAUUUGCCAAUGAUGGGAUAUACAAAACGGAUUCAUUUGAUGAACCCAAUGGUUCCUGGUUUGACUGGUGGUAAGAUGAGCUCAUCAGAAGAGGAUUCAAAGAUUGAUUUGCUUGAUUCAGCCGAAGAUGUUAAAAGAAAAAUCAAACGAGCCUUUUGUGAGCCUGGCAACAUUGAAGACAAUGGAAUAUUAUCAUUUUUUAAACACGUAUUGUUUUCAUUGUUCAAUGAAAUUGUUGUUGAACGAAAAUUUGAUGGUAAUAUCACCUAUACAAAUUAUAUGGAUAUGGAAAAAGAUUUUCAAACCCAAACAUUACAUCCCGGUGAUUUGAAACAAUGUACGGAAAAAUAUUUGAAUAAGCUUCUUGAGCCAAUCCGUGAGAAAUUUAAAGAUCCUGAAUUCAAAAAAUUGACUGAACUAGCAUAUCCUAAAGUUUCAAAAAAGGGUGGUGCAGCACAGGAACCUGGACCAGAAAUUCUUGAGAUUCGCGUUGGUCGAAUCUGUGAAAUUGAAAAACAUCCUGAAGCUGAUAGCCUUUAUUUGACCAAAACUGAUGUAGGUGAUCCAUCCGGACCUCGAAAUAUUGUCUGUGGACUUGCACAAUUGAUACCAGCCGAAGAGCUGCUCAACCGUUUGGUCGUUGUUUUAUGCAAUUUAAAACCAGCUAAAAUUCGUGGUGUUGUUUCAUCUGGAAUGAUACUUUGUGCAUCUGUAUCCGAACCUAGAAAAGUGGAACCAUUAGAUCCACCGGCUGAUAGUCAACCUGGAGAUUUGAUAUUGUUCGAAUCAAUCACGGAUGACAAAGAAAAUACCCCAACAACAUUUCAGAUAAUUGAUCCCAAGAAAAAAGUUUGGGAAAAACUUCAGGUCAAUCUAACCACAUCAUCAGAUCGUAUAGCUCAAUGGAAAUAUAGUAUUUUAAAAACGGACAAAGGGCCAAUUAGUUGUAAAAGCUUGAAAGAUACACCGAUCAAAUAAUUGAAACUUUUAAUGAUAUUUAAUAAUUUAAUUCAUUUCAUUACUUAUAAGUGGGAGGGUUAAUUUACAAAUUAUCUUUA